CUCAAGUCAUUGUCACAAAUAACAGCCCAAAGGUGAAAGUUUCCAAAAUGGCUUCCUUCGAAUCGAUCUACCAAGCCGCUGUCGACAAAGGCGAAAUUGAUGGUGCGGUCCUUUUUGCUCGCGAUGUCUCCGGUAAAUUCAAGUACGCAAAGACUUUCGGGGAGCGCACGCUGCUGUCCGGCGAGCGCAAGGCACACGAGCCAUCCGACAUUCUAGCAGUCGCCUCGGCUACCAAGCUCAUGACUGCGAUUGCCGCCUUGCAGUGCGUUGAUGAUGGGCUCCUAUCACUGUCCGCCGACGUUAUGCCCAUCGCACCAGCACUGGCGGGCAAGCAAGUCAUCACCAGUCUUGAUGGUGAUCAAUUCGUAUACGAGCCCCAAGCCAGCCCUAUAACUCUCGAGCACCUUCUCACCCACAGCUCAGGAAUCGGCUACGCUUUCUUGGACCCCAAACUCGGGAAAUGGCAGGCUGUUAAUGGCCCACCACCUUCGGAACGGACGACCGUGGAGACAAAAGUUGGCUAUCCGCUCAUCUAUCAGCCCGGAGAGUGCUGGUCGUACGGGGCCAGUUACGACUGGGCCGGCAAGCUCAUCGAGCGUGUUAGCGGGAGGAGCCUUAAUGACUUCAUGCAACACCGGAUCUUUUCUCCGCUCGCCAUCAAAGACGCGACCUUCUUCCCUGUUACUCACGAAGAAAUGAAAGCCAAGAUGGUCAAUCUCAACGCUAGUGAUCCGGAAGGCCGCGGACUUGCCGUUUCUGGCGGCAUGGACUCUCACGGGGUCGCGACCGACAACUUUGGAGGCCACGGACUGUUCAUGUCCGGGGAAGACUAUAUGAAAGUUAUGUUCUCUCUGCUCGCCAACGACGGCAAAUUGCUCAAGCCAGAGACCGUGGAUAGAAUAUUCCAGCCACAUCUAACCCCAGAAGCCGAGAAGAGCAUGCAAGAGAUUAUGGCUGCCCCGGCGACGAAUGCCUUCUAUGCCCAGGGAACUGGACCAGACGUUAAGCGCAACCACGGCCUCGCGGGUUUGUUGGUCAUGGAAGACUUACCCGGAUAUCACGGCGCACAUACCUUGGCCUGGGGAGGGGGAAUCAAUCUAACCUGGUUCAUCGACCGCAAGAAUGGAAUAUGUGCGCUUGGGGCUCCACAGCUCAAGAUGCCCCCGGAUGUCGCAGCAAUUACACGACUCAAGAAUGACUUCCGCAAGGGUAUUUACGAGGUGUAUGGUGAGUGGAAGAGGUGUCAGUGAUCGGAGGGAGGGCAAAUUCAGAUCGGGUGGCUCAUGGCCUGCUGGUUGGGCGUGGAAAGGAAGCCAAUCCCAUUCUUGACCCCGAGGCUCCCAUGCUCAACUGUACCACACUUCGAACUACACAUGAGAAAGAACAUGAUAUGCA